AUGGGAGAGUACUCGAAAGCGCUUGAAUACUAUGAAAAAUCACACAAAAUUAGAGAAAGCGCUCUCGCUCCAAAUCAUCCCGAUUUGGCUCACAGUUACAAUAACAUCGGCAUGAAAAAGAGCCUUGCCGGAAAAACAUCAGACUUCGGUAUAACAUACAGUAACAUUGGAGAUGUGAAAAGAUUAACUGGAGAUUAUACAACUGCACGUUUAUUUCUGGAGAAAGCACUUGAAAUACAAGAAAAUGUUACUUGUGAUCGUUGUGAUUUGGCUUGGACAUACACUUAUAUGGGUGAAACGUAUCGUGAGAUGAAAGAUUACUCAACAGCACUAGAAUUUCAUGAAAAAGCACUGAAAAUUCGUGAGAAAUUGCUCACUUCGAGUCAUCCCGAUUUGGCUGUAACAUGUCACAAUUUAGCGAAGGUUUACAACGGACGAAGACAAUUUAAAGUGGCUUCUGGGCUUGCUCAGCUCGCUGUUGAAAUGGCUGAACAAAAGUUGUCUGGCAAACAUCCAGAUAUUUUGGAAUAUAAGGAAACAGUAUUAGAAAUACGUAAAAGCUUGUAA